GCUGCAGCUGCAACAACAAUGCGCCACGGCACGGUGUGCCUUCAAGGCUCCAGCCGGCAGUGGAUGCAGCGGCAGUCGCAGGACCCUUUUGUGGCCAAAGCCCGCCAAGAAGGCUACAUUGCCCGCAGCGCGUACAAGCUGCUCCACAUGGACGAUCGCUUUCACCUCUUUGACCGCCAGCACACCCGCAUCGUCGUGGACCUCGGCUGCAGCCCUGGGGGGUGGUGUCAAGUAAUCCGCCAGCGGGCCGGCGACAGGUGCUUCUUGCUCGGUGUCGACAUGCUGCCCAUCAAAGCUCAAAUUCCAAACGCUGUCAUUGUGCAAGGUGACUUUACACUGCCCCCCGUGCAGCAGCAGCUGUUCCGCCACCUUGCCGAACACAGCGCACACAGAAGCGACCAUCAUCAACGAGGCGAAAACGAAGCAGCGGCCUACGCCGCCCCUUUUACCUCUUCCUCUUUCACUGGAGUGGACGUCGUCACUUCGGAUAUGUGCCCAAAUCGAAUGGGCGGUUUCCAAGACCGACAGCGCAUUGCGCAGCUCAACAUGCAGGCGGUGCACGUCUGCGCGCCUCUGCUGCGGCCGGGAGGGCACUUUGUAUGCAAAGUCCUCGGCAGUCGUGCCGCCUACACCGAGUUGUGGGACCACCUACACGCGUUGUUUCUGACCGUGCACACGUGCAAGCCGCCCGCUAGCCGGGUGCACAGUGACGAAGCGUUUUUGGUGGGCGUUGACAAGCUGGCAUUGCCGCGCUCGCGCUCGUGCGUGAAGUCGGCGAUGACGGUGGGCGCGAGUGGUGGGGCGGGAGGGGGGCAAUACGGACUCGAUGACUGGCCUGGGUUUGGGCGGCGCGGUCGUGGGCGACCCCAGGGCAGACCGUAA